UGAAGGGAGAGACGGGCUUGGGGCGCUCUGGGCUCACUUGCAGAGGGCGAGGGGCCGGUUGAGGCUGCAGUCCUGUUCAUUGGGGAGUCAGCCCUGUUUAAUGAAAUGAGACUCCUCCGUAGCACCGCAGCUGCGCAGUAGCUAGAGAAGGGGAGCCCGGAGGCGGCCAUGGGGAAGAGGGUGGCCCUUGUGCUGGCCGGCUGCGGGGUCUUCGAUGGCAGCGAGGUGCACGAAGCCUCGGCCGUGCUGGUUCAUCUCAGUCGGGCUGGAGCAGAGGUGAAGAUCUUUGCACCCAAUAUUGAGCAGAUGCAUGUAGUAGACCAUUUAAAAGGCAGUCCAAGCGACGAAAAGAGAAACGUCCUUGUGGAAAGUGCCCGGCUUGCAAGAGGCAAUAUCCAGGAUUUGGCAGAAUUGAAAGUGGGUGAAUUUGAUGCUGUUGUUUUCCCAGGGGGGUUUGGAGUAGCAAAGAACCUGUGUUCCUGGGCUGUGGAUGGAAAGGACUGCACUGUCAAUGAACUUGUGAAGUCAACCCUUGAAGGAUUCCACAACGCAAAGAAACCCAUUGGCUUGUGCUGUAUCUCCCCUGUGUUGGCAGCUAAAAUUUUCCCUGGAUGUGAAGUCACUGUAGGCUACAAUAAAAAUGUAGAUGGAAGAUUUCCUGACUUUGAGACGGCUUCUGCUAUUGAGGAACUGGGGUGCAAGCAUGUUUGCAAAGGUGUGAACGAAGCCCAUGUUGACUCCAUCCACAAAAUAGUUUCUACUUGUGCUUUCAUGUGCAAAGCUCCUUUGCAUGAAAUCUUUGAUGGAAUUGGAGCAAUGGUUGGUGAAGUCAUGAGGCUUGCAUGAGGUUGGAAGGUUGUGCUCACCCACACUCUUGAUGUCUGCCAGUAAAUAUGCCACACACACAGCUGGGUGAUUGGUGAAAUGAAUAAAAGCAUUUAACUGAGUUGAAAA